CGACGUCGGAACACGUACCGUGCGAACGACCGGGAACGGCCCUGGCGCCAUGGUGCUGCACAGAUUCAGUGAGACGCCUCAACGAAGGAAGCGAACCAGACCCCCGUGUCGUGUCGUGCGACGCCGUUCGGACAUCGAGACCAAGUCGGACGGCGUAGGCCAGGUGAUUUGGUGGUUUUCGAAGCUCAUGAAGCCUUCACACAGAAAAUACCUAGAAGGUUUGGUGUGAUUUUCACCUUCUUGGUGUGAUUUUCCUUCACACAAGUCUUUCACGGCAUACCUUCUAGGAACCAGGUUCGCUACGAACGGAGCAGUCUGGGCAUCGCUACGAACGGAGCGAUCGGACGCUACAAACGUAGCGCUCCUGGCCUUACUAGGAACAAGGUUCGCUACGAACGGAGCAAUGGUGAAGGUUGGGUGAUUUUUGGGUCCAAAACAUCUCCAAGACAUGCGAGUCGGGUGUUCCCAACGAAUCCACCCUCCUGCCUCCAUUGUGCGCCCCCCUUCCCGAUCCUUCAUCCAUCCUUCAUCUCGAAUCCGAAUCCUUCUUCCCAGGUGAGUCCAAAGAGACCACGCAUGAAGCCUCCGCCUCCGCGUUCCACUUUCGAAAUCGCUUGCUGCGGAUGCCCGAGGUCACCGCCUUGGAGGAACAUGUCCAAGCUUUGGAAAAAGUCGAGAAGGAUGUGAGCGCCGUGAGGAACGAUCUGCUGGAGCUCAUUGCUCAGGCAGGUGGUGAGAAGACCGAGACACUGCCGAGGACGACGACCGGCUCCUUGGCUUUGAGCAUGGAGCUUGGCCGCACGACGACCCAUCCACAUGACACUGCCGCGCAGCGGGCCUUUGCCGGAAAGAGUCCAGAUUCCAAGGGCCGAGUUCCCAGAGCCGGCUCCUUGCGAAUGGGUACCUCCGGCCUCUUCUUGGAGUCAGAAGAGCAUUCUCGUGCCAUCAUUUGGGAGAGGCCGUGUAGCUGCCUGGGUUUCUGGCCGGUCCUUCAUCCGGAAGGACCUCCACGCCUGGUGUGGCUCACACCGGCCUUUGUCUUCGUGCUGGCCGAGGCCUUCUUGGUGCCCUUCAUGUUAGCCUUCGGUGUGGAGCCCGAUGACGAACCCUUCCUCGGCAUCGCCUUCCGUGUGGUGGACUUGUAUUUCCUUUUGGACAUCAUCGUGACCUGUCUCACAGGCUACCGAGACUCACGUGGGAACCUGGUCUCCGUUCCUGGCAAGAUCGUGAAGCAUUACCUGGUAGGAUGGUUUCUCUUGGACGCCGUGGCAGCAAUUCCAUGGACAUGGAUUGGCGACAGCUCUGUGGCGCAGGUGACGCGUGGAUUGAAAGUCGUGCGACUGAUCCGCCUGGCGCGGCUCCUGCGACUCGCCAAGCUGCGACAGAUCACCGAGGCGGCUGAGACCUACUUGGAAGGGAACUACGCAGCCGAGCUCUUCAUGGGCUUUGGCAAGGUGCUUCUGCUGCUCAGCGCUGUAGCUCAUUGGGGCGCCUGCUUUUGGCACGCGGUGGGCUCGCAGCAAGGUGGCUGGGUGGCAGAAUUGGAAGAGGAUUACAGAGGGAACGAGAACAAGGUCUUCGCUCGGUAUACCUGGUCGUUGUACUUCACCUUGACCACCUUGACCACCGUGGGCUACGGUGACAUCACACCAGUGACGACGGAGGAGUGUCGCUGGGUCUUGCUGCUGCUCCUGACCUCCGCCGUGAUCUUCUCGGGGCUUCUGGGGAUGCUGAGCGAUUUGGUGGCCUCGGUGAACAAGGAACACCGCAUCGUGGCAGCGAAGAAACGACAGCUGGCCAGGUACAUGUCGUGGCGAGCAGUGCCAAAGACACUUCUUUGCAAGGUGCGGAGGUACUUCCUGUUCAAGUGGGGAACGCAGAAGGACUAUGACUUGUACGAGGAGGAGUUGAAAAAGGCCUUGACGCCCACCCUCAGAUCGGAGCUUUGCUACCAUAUCUACAAGGAGGUUCUCAACGCUGCCCCAUUCCUGGCAUGGAUGAGAGGCCACACGGCUUGCGUGAAGAGCCUGGCCACCAGCGUCCGCUCGGGCUUCCACGACUGCGGGGAUUUCCUCUUCCGAGCCGGCGAAGAGGUCAAGGACAUUUUCAUCCUGCUGGCCGGAACCACCAUCCUCUACAGGAACGAUCGCGAUGCGGAUGCUCAAGAGGACGAGCAGGAUGCUUUUCUCCCCGCCUGGGCGGAGCUGGAAGGGCCGGGUCUGGCAAGCCAGCGACGGGCCUUGCUCCGACACAUGAUCUCUUCCUUGGUGAAGCGCAUGAAAGCCAGGAAGCAACGGUCCACCUCGCUGGGUCGCUCGCGCUCCAAUGACUUGGAGAGCCAAUUCGUGGAGCGCUGGCACGACGAGAACCUGCUCCGAGGGCUCUCGGAGCUCCGGAAGCAAGAUGCGGUGCAGAAACACGCUGCCAUGCUGAUCCAGCUCGUGUGGCGUGAGAGGAUGAGGAAAAAACUGGACGAGAUUCACAAGAAACAUCGGCCAAGCAGUUGCUAUACCAUCGAAGCUCCAGCCUACUUUGCUGAGAGUUGCUUGUGGCCGCCAUUGAUGACCUGGAGCAAACGUGUUUGUCUACAUCAAUACACGGUCCGAGUGAAGUCACAGGUGGAGACCGUGUCGAUUCCCCGCUUGGCCAUUCUGCUGGUCAUCGAGAAGUUUUCACCGUGGCUCCGACAUCGCUUCGAGGUCUUUCAAGCGGCGGUGCUGGAGGAGAAGGAGUCCAUCGGCGAGACCGUCUCUCCGAAGUUCUCGGGGAAGCAGAGCAAUGUCUCCACCGUCGAUGAUCACGGCGCCCAUCUUCCAAGCUCCAUCCGCCUGUGACGCAAAAAGAGUUGAAGUCGAUGGGAAGCCGAGAGUGGAACCGAAUGGAGACCGAGAUGAGCAGGUCCAGUUCCUGUCCGAGCGACGUGGAAGCAGACGUGGAAGGCCACACCCGAUGGCAACUGGUUCAGUACA